AUGACAACGCAAACAGAGACACAGACGGUGGCGAUGCCUACCACUCUUUCGUCCCGGCCGCAGCUGGAUAAGCACGGAUACCUUUUUGGCCUCAAGAUCCAAGCCUCCAUGUCCCCCUUAUUACACAAGACAAUCUACCAAGAGCUUGGUCUGAACUGGGAACAACACUUGUUCGAGUCUGCCAACAUUUCAGAGUUCCUGCAAUUGAUCAAGGCUCCCGACUUCUAUGGCGCCUCGGUGACAAUGCCUAACAAAGUUGCCAUCAUGACGCAUCUGGACGAAGUGACAGAAGAGUGCCGCGAAGUAGGCGCCUGCAACACCGUCUUCUUCCGCGAGGAGAAUGGCAAGCGCGUCUUCUGCGGGACCAACACGGACGUGAUUGGGAUACGGGAAUCCUUCUACCAGAACGUGACCAAUCCUGACGCUGUCUUCCACAACAAGCCGGCCAUGGUCAUCGGAGGCGGUGGUGCCGCCCGCAGCGCCGUUUAUGCUCUGCAGAAGUGGAUGCGCGCGACCAAGAUCUAUCUCGUGAACCGUGACGCCACCGAGGUCCAAGCUGUCAUCGACGAGUGCGUAGCUCGUGGGUAUGGAGACAAGCUGGUGCACGUGGCGACCGUGGCCGAAGCCGAGGCUCUUGAGUCUCCCGGUGCCAUCGUUGCGUGUGUGCCGGAUUUCCCGCCCAAGACUGAGGAGGAGAUCGUUGCCCGGGCUAUCAUCGAGACCUUCUUCAACAAGGAAAGGAAAGGUAGCAUAUUGGAGAUGUGCUACAACCCCAACCCUUACACGGAGAUUGGUGACCUCGCGGAGAAGGCCGGCUGGCAGGUGAUCCUCGGCACAGAGGCUCUGAUUUGGCAGGGUCUCGAGCAAGACAGGUACUGGACAGGAUUGCCGUUUGAUAAACUGCCGGUAGAGAAGGCCAAGGAGGUCAUUGCCGCGCGUCUGGCGCAGAUUCAGAAGUCGUAA